AUGCCUCGUCCGGCGGCGAAACGAGCCCGAGCCACCCGCAAUCAACCACAAACGGCCAAAGCAAAUGCGACGAAGGGAAGACCAAAGCGAAAGAUCUCUGGAGGACAGUCCGAAGAGCGUACCACAAGCACGAAGUCGGCGCCAAAAUCUAGAGUCACCUCUAGGAAAGAUGCUAAUAGUUCGGACGUGGAGGGGCGAAGCGAUGACUUACAAGAUGGGAGCUCGGGGUUUGUGCAGAGAGAGCGGGAACGAGACUCACUUGGUAGCCAAACUCCCGUCAGAGACCGCCAGCAGGAAAAUGUACCCUUAUCUGGUGGCGUUAUGGGGGAUGACUCCUUGGACCUUGGAUCAUCCGAAUUGGGCUCUGAUGACCUGUUAGGCAGCUUUGACCCCGAGGACGUGUCUACACCGCUUCCAGCAAAGAGGAGAAAGUCACUAAACCAGGCCGAUAUUACUCCCACAGUUACCAAGAAGACACCAAAAUUACCACAGGUGUUUGUUGAAGUCCCCAUACGGCAUGAUCUUGCCUCAGAAAAGAGAAUAUCGGAUGAUCCGCCUGCUCUUGUGCAAGCUUUGGGUGAACAACACGCUGAUAAAGCGCCGGAAGAGCCAGAGGACAUUGACGAUCCUCAAGAGCAGGAACCCGCACUCGAUGAAGUUCAGUCUGAGAUACCUGUGGCUGUAGAUGAGGAUGGCAAGGACGAUGAUUGUUCAUCUGUUGGAUCUGUGGACUCUCUAACCCCCAUGAAUUUCGCCAUAGAAACACCACCACAACGCAGGCGGCAGACAACCACUCUGGCACCGCCAGAAAGCAGUUUAGGAUCCAUUACACCUCCUGCUUCGACUCCAGAGAGUUCUGCAAACCAGAAACCAAGCCCUCCACCUUCGAAGCCUACCCAUUUGUCUACGACCUCCUUGCAAGAUGCCCUACUUCCACGACGGCGUCAACGAGGUAAAGGCCUACCUAAUAAGAGGAGUAAACGUUCUCGUGCUGGAGGUAAGGACUAUGUGCUCUCAGCUUCGGGUUCAGAGGAUGAGCUCAACUAUACCGGAGGGCAACAAGAGGACACAUCCCCAGGCUGGCAGAGGAACACAAAGCGAUCACAGCAGAACCAAGCCCGAUUCAAGCUACGAGAAAAGUCUCAGAAUACAUCACAGCCCAAGAGAGGACGCGGUAAAGCUGCUACGGUAUCGUCUCAACCAAGGAAGAGUUCAACGCCGAAGAAGACCUACUCCCGCCUCAGUACGACGGGCGGCGAUGCAGACUGGGAUAAGGAGAACCAGCUCGACGAGGAGACUGGGACAUCACCAGAGCGAGAGAUAGUAGCUCCCGUUAUGAGCGAGGAGUUGCUGCUCCAGAAGAAGAAGUUUGCUGAGAUCGAUGAAUGGUCCAUCGACUUUGAAGAGGUCCUUGACGACGACGGCGAGGCGUACUAG